AGUGUACCCGGAUGUGUCACGUGGCCGGAUCGGCAAUUUGAUAGGCGGCUGUAAAGAUAUAAAUUCCCUUGAUACAAGAGAAACGCUAAUAAAGAAGGUUGCUAUCCUUGAAAACACAUACAAGAGUUGAUCUGUCUCAGAACCACAAUGCUGAGGCCGGCAGUGCUUAGUUCGCAGCUGAUUCUGUUGCUGAUGGUGGCUCAAACUGAUGCAGCAUUGUCCUCCCUCAGCGUCAACACUGACAGCAUCAGUGUUAGUGCAGUCCAACAGGAAACUGCUGUUUCGCGGGCCCAAGUUCAGCUUGAGGCGGAACGCAGUCAAGAAAGUGCCUUUCAGGAAUUGGACCUAGCUGCAUCAGAACCUGGCUCUACAACGGACCAGCUCAACAAGUUCACAUUCACAGCACCUGAGAGUAUAAUCAAGGGAAACAACCAUCGCAUCAAUGUCCUACAAGUUACACAGUUGCUGCAGGCGGCGAACGUAUCACAAGAGAAGAUCCCUUCGUUCCUGAAGAGUGGUUUUGGUCCAAGGCUCAACUGCGCUUCCAGCCUCAAGUGCAACAAGUACUCCAAGUACCGCACAGCUGAUGGUUCCUGCAACAACCUGGCGCACACAAGCUGGGGCAAGGCAUCCAUUCCGAUGAGGCGAUGGUUGAUCCCAGACUAUGAUGAUGGUGUCUCCUCCCCACGAGAAAAAGCCACCCUAGGGUCGUCCUCCAAGUUACCCAGUGCCCGCCUGGUCAGCACGACUGUCCACACCCCGUCAACAAACGCUGACCGCCACGCCUCCUACACCCACAUGUUGAUGCAGUGGGGUCAGUUCCUGGAUCACGACAUCACCAGCACGCCAACACAGCAGCUGUCUGGAAGUUCGUAUGGCGGUUCUGUUGGGUGCUGUGGUUCUCAGUUUCAUAAAGGAAAAAGAGCAGCAUUUGUACAUGUACAACCACCGCCACCACAUCAAAUCAACAGGCCCCAGUGCUUCCCCAUCGAUAUUCCACAACCCGAUCGACACUUCAAGUCAACCUGCAUGAACUUCGUGCGCUCGGUUCAAGUAGCGAACGCCGACUGCCAAGCAGCGCCCGUGGAACAGCUGAACCAGAUCACAGCCUACAUAGACGCCUCACAGGUGUACGGGUCGUCACAGGGGGAACAGAACAAGCUACGAACAUUUGUGAACGGUCAGCUGAAGAUGAAAUCCACUCACUUGCCCAAAGAUGCGCAACAAAGCUGCACCACGCCAUUGAGCCCCAGCUACUGUUUCCUAGCAGGUGAUCAUCGAGUGAAUGAAAAUCCAACUCUUCAGAGCAUGCACACCAUUUUCAUGAGAGAACACAACCGCAUAGCUAAAAAACUAAAAGCCCUCAACUGUCAUUGGAGCGAUGCGAUCACUUUCCAGGAAGCUAGGAAGAUUGUCGGAGCCAUCAUACAGAAAAUCACGUACGAUGAAUACUUGCCUAUUAUCAUGGGCCAGCAAGCCAUGACCCAAUAUGGCUUGCCAAUUGGAUCUGGGAGCAUUUACGCCAACGUAUACAGCACUACGACCGACGCCAGCAUCAGGAACGCCUUCGCUACGGCGGCUUUCAGAAUGGGACACUCCAUGAUUCACAGCCACUUAGCUAGCUACAGCUCUUCAUAUAGUAAUCUCGGCCAGGACCAACUAAGCAAGACCUUCGGCAGGACGAAUCUCAUUUUGAACGUCAACAACAGGAAGGUGGACCAUUAUUGUAGAGGGCUGGUUAAGGACGGAGUUCAGAAUGCAGAACACAAACUGACGCAGGAGGUCACGGACAAGUUGUUUGCUGACAGUAACGGCAAUAGUCUGGACCUGGCAGCUCUCAACAUCCAGAGAGGAAGAGACCACGGGCUACCGUCUUACACCAAGUGGAGGAAGUAUUGUAACGUUCCAACAGCUACAUCCUUCGCUGGCCUGGCCUCCACGACGCACACAACAACUACAGCGAACCUUUUGAAGAGCGUUUAUAAACACAUCGACGACAUUGACCUGUUUCCCGGGGCUCUGUCUGAGAAGCCUGUUCCAGGAGGACUUCUGGGACCGACCUUUACCUGUCUCCUGGGGAAGCAGUUCCAGGCCCUGAAGGAAGGAGACCGAUUCUGGUUUGAAGAGAACAACGCAUAUGUGAAAUUUACUCCGAACCAGCUGAAUGAGAUCCGGAAAGCCAGUCUGGCCAGGGUAGUGUGCGACAAUACGGACACCUACAAGAUUCAGAAGAACGCUUUCAUCAAGGGAUCUCCGGUUUCAUGCGGUUCACUGGGUGAAAUUAACCUCAACCACUGGAACGAGCCGAGCACAGGCACCUGGAACACCUGGACGUCCUGGGGAACAUGCUACUCAAACAGACAGAGUAGGAGACGCUUAUGCAAGCCCUGUGGCUGCUCUGGUCAGAGCUCUCAGAGUCGUACAUGUGUUGGGUGCAGUUGGUCCAGCUGGGGAAAAUGGAGUAGCUGUGUGUCCGGAAGAAGAAGCCGCUCUCGCUACUGUCCCAACAACCAAUGGCGUGGUCGCAGACAGGCGGGGUUGGAGCAGCCAUUGGAUGCCUCUUAUAAUCCUAUCCUUCCUGUUGAUUCCUGUAUUUGUUCAGGAUCAAGCACACAAUAUGGAUCCUGUGGAGGGAAUUAUGCUGUAGGUCCUCAGGAAUUUUUAAAACCUGAGAUCUAACGUGGUCAAUCAUAUAUCAUGAUAUUGAGAAGAAAAGAUUUACAACCGUGGCACUUUCGAUAAUAUGAUAGGAACCUACCAUCUCGUUUACUCUUUUGUCCAUUAUGUGUUAACAUACGGAAGCAAUUUGACACUUUGCUUGAUCAUCAUGUGUGCAAUCUUGGAAAAACAUACCCAUUAAUCACAACUGAUAUCAGGGUCAUAAAACGAAAUCUAUACUUGUCCAUAUGAGUGCUGGUCAAAAAAUUCUAAGCCUAAUAAACAAAACAAACAACUGUGAAA